GUCGCAGCUUUCGACCAAUCAACUUACGGCGCCUCGCUUCUUCCAACAUGGCGACCUCCAGUGCUGAGAUGCCGCCUCCUCCGCGGCGUUGAACUCGACUCUGCCUCGGGCGUAACAAACCAGAUUGGAAAGCACUUCGUUGGCUCGACGAUGGCAACCGACGGCAGGACGCACUUCUGGAAGAGAAGCGCCAAGACACCGGGCAGCAUCCAGCCUGUUUAUGGAGCCCAGCACCCUCCUCUCAAUUAUCGGAUACACAAGACAGGACCCAAAACAAAUGCAUCUUCUGCUAGAUCAAAGAAAGCUUCAAGUUUCCAUGAGUUUGCACGGAGCACCAGUGAUGCCUGGGACAUUGGUGAUGAUGAAGAUGAAGACCUGGUGGGGAUGCUGGCUGCUCCUUCUAACCUGAAGCCAGGGACAUUAAUGGUAGCAAGUAGUCAAUAUGCUCAGCACCGCAAUAAACUGAAUGACAAGCCAGAACACAUGCAGCCUGUUGAAGAUAGUCAGUUCAAUGGACGAGUGGUUAAAUCGAGCAGUGAGGUGCAGAUCUGCAGACCAUCAGAAGACUCCUUAAUGCGCAACCCACUUCACAAGCAGCAGUCACUCCCACUACGUCCCAUCAUUCCUCUUGUGGCUCGCAUUUCUGAUCAAAAUGCAUCUGGAGUGCCUCCAAUGACAGUACGAGAGAAGAUGAGGUUAGAAAAGUUCCGACAGUUACUGGCAAGUCCCAAUACUGAAUUAGAAGAGUUGAGGAAGCACAGCUGGUCUGGUAUACCCAAAGAGGUGCGACCUAUCACCUGGAGGCUUCUUUCGGGUUAUUUGCCUGCCAACAUGGAGAGAAGAGAAAUCGUCCUGAAGCGGAAACGUGAUGAGUACUUUGGUUUUAUUGAGCAGUACUAUAAAUCUAGGAGUGAAGAGCAGCAUCAAGACACAUACCGGCAGAUCCAUAUUGACAUCCCAAGGACAAAUCCCCUGAUUCCACUCUUCCAGCAGCCACUUGUUCAGGAGAUCUUUGAACGCAUUCUAUUUAUUUGGGCCAUCCGUCAUCCUGCAAGUGGCUAUGUCCAGGGGAUCAAUGACCUGGUCACUCCCUUCUUUGUGGUGUUUCUCUCCGAGUUUGUAGAGGAAGAUGUGGAGAAUUUUGAUUUCACACAACUGCCUGAAAUUGUGCAAAGAAACAUUGAAGCUGACAGUUUCUGGUGUAUGAGCAAGCUGUUGGAUGGAAUACAGGACAACUACACAUUUGCCCAACCAGGAAUUCAAACUAAAGUGAAAGCUCUGGAAGAACUUGUAAGCCGCAUUGAUGAGCAGGUCCACAAUCAUUUCUUAAAGUAUGAGGUAGAAUACUUGCAGUUUGCCUUCCGCUGGAUGAAUAACCUCCUAAUGAGAGAAUUACCCCUGCGCUGCACUAUACGCUUGUGGGAUACCUAUAAGGCUGAAGCAGAGGGCUUUUCUCAUUUUCAUUUAUAUGUAUGUGCAGCUUUCCUGGUGAAGUGGAGGAAAGAAAUUCUGGAAGCAGAGGAUUUUCAAGCCCUUCUGAUGUUACUACAGAAUCUGCCAACAAUACACUGGGGCAAUGAAGAGGUGGGGCUACUUCUUGCUGAGGCCUACAGGCUAAAAUAUGUGUUUGCAGACGCACCAAAUCAUUACAGAAGAUAAAUGCGUCUAUGGACAAGGUGCUGCUUAGAACUGUCAACAAGCUCCUGCAGUUUGGAAAGAUGUGGCACAUUUCUAGUUUAUGCGUGCAUGAAUGAGAAAUAUUGAUGAGGCCUGGAGAGGAAUCCCUACCAGUGAGGAUGUCUCAGUGGAGGUUGAGCCAAUGUUUCCUUUCCAGUAUGUCUGUACUCAGCACAUUUUUCUCUAAACUGAAAAGCCUAGCCUCUGAGGUUCCAUCUGGUCUCCAUUUUUAUAUGGACCAUGUUGGUGAAGCAAAGCACUCCAAUACUACAUUGCAAUGGUGCUCUUCUGAGGCUUGCUGCUUAACUGAACUAUUACUUUUACAUUUUUAACCAAAAUGUAUUCAAAAUAUCUGGCUGACUGAGGCAGGUGGGUGUUGGGGAUGGGUGGGAGGGUAUUUAGGGGUUCCCAGACUAAUCACUUUAUUUUUGGCCCUAGAUGUCUCUGCUCUGAUGAAAUAUUGGAUCUAGGAUAUGCUUGCCUACAAUAAGAAGCUACUUAUCUACAGCACUUUCACUGAAGUAGGGGCAGGCAUUUUUAACAUGAUUUCUAUGGUCCAAAGCAGGGUAAGCCAAAAAGCUAAACAUGGUUGUGAUUGAGGGCAGCAUAUUCAUGUUUUGUUUAGCAGUGCAUCCUGUCCUCUGAUAACUCAAAGCAGUUAUCCUGUGAGCUGGCCUUGCACCAGAUGAUAAAACUUACGACUGUGAUCUGCUGUGUUACUACAUAGGGUUCAGAGAGGAGAAGGCAUGUGUUCUACUCUUAGUUACCCAUGUGAAGCAGCCAUAUGGAUGCCAGCCUGCUAUGGUUUUGCCAAAGGAGAGCCAUGUUCUAAUGGUACAGGCAUCAAAAGUAUAAACAGGGGAAGCAGCUCCGGCAUGGUGACUUCAGCAUCAUCUACUAAAUGCUGUAAUAUGGUGUGUAGAUGAAGGAUUCCUUCCCCAUUCACAGUAAAGACAACAGAUAGAAAGUUAAGAAAGGUCAGUUUAUUUAUUUUAAGGCUAGGUUUUUGCAGGAAUAUUGGUUGCUGGAGUGUGUUUUGAGUUGAUUAGUGAUUUGACUUAUUAAAUAAGCCAAUCCCCGACAGCUAUGGGAGAUCAAAGCCAAGUAAUGGCAGCUUCAGUUGCUUUUUUUUUAUUUCUUUUGCCAUUGUGCCUUACGCUUUACUGGUCUCCGUUCUGUCUUUCGGUUGUGAGCCGCAUCAUAGGUGGAUGACUCACCCUUAAAUCCCCAACCAACUUAAAGAUCUGGCUGCCAGGAUUCAUUUUACCUUUUAAAUGGCUUAAGCCAAACUCUUAAAUGUUUUAUUGUCUUUUUAAUAUUUUUAAAUAAUUGUGUUAUUAGCCUUAACUGUGCAUCUUGGCUGUAUAUUAUUGCUUUUCUCUUUCAAUUAAAUGACUGAGACUUGAUGAGAAGGUUGUUGGAUUUAACCUGUUUGUGUGUGAGGUACUUAUGAUGGAAGACGCUUUUGAAGUGUGACUUGCUCUUCACCAAGGAAAUGGCAGCUACAUGCUCCAUAUUCUCUCCAGCCUAUGCGUCAGCUAUACUUCAGGUAUAAUACAGUUACAGCACUUUCCGAUGAUAGGAUUCAUUCAAAGAUGCACAGUAAAUCCUUGGUAGGGAACAAACUGGUAAAGUUGUGGUUUACAAUCAAAUGCCUUCAUAGUGCAGCAGUUAUUGGUAAUGCCAUGCUGCUUUCGAGAUCUGGGCUCUGUUCCCAGCCUUGUCAUUUUCUCAGGGUACUCCAAAAGUCUUAUUAGGUAAAAUGACAGAAUUGUGUUAGCAUGUAUGAGUAUACCCUGUGAAGGAUUAGCAUUCCAUGCAGGAUUGGUUCCUAUGUUGCUACUGAUGCUGUAUUGAUGGGCUCCAACUCCCUGUAACCCUUUAAAAGAAAAA